CUCUGGCAGGUUGUGAAAGUUUAGAUUCAAUACAGCGCAGCAUUUAUUGUCACAAUGUUGCAACUAAAAGCGAAUGAAGAUGAACUCAUAGAAAAAGAUAAAUACUCAAAGUUUUCUCUCGGCUCGGCUCUGUCUUCAUUCACCAAAUCAUAUCCAGACAGCGCUCUGACCCGCAUCGGGACCAUCUUCAAAUCCAGAAGGAAAAAGUUAGACAUCACCUCAGACGAUCCCACCUAUACGGUCUUAUAUUUGGGCAAUUCGACCACCAUUCAGUUGAAAGGAGAGGGAUGUACGGACGUGGUCAUCAGGAAGAUCUGGAAUAAGAGCGAGAUGGGCAGACACGGCAUUAAAAUGCGCCUGACCAUGGGCGCUGAGGGAAUACGCAUGAUCCACUCAGACGAGAAGUCCAGAAAACCAGGACAUCUGUACUUACUUCACCGAAUCACAUACUGCGUGGCCGAUCCGAGGCUCCCCAAAAUCUUCGCCUGGAUUUACCGACACGAGAUCAAGCACAAAGCGGUGAUGCUGAGAUGCCACGCGGUCCUCGUCUCCAGACCCGAGAAGGCAAAAGCGAUGGCGCUUCUGCUGUACCAGACCUCCAGCUCGGCUCUGAGCGAGUUUCAGAGACUCAAACGAAGAGAAGACGCCAAACAUCAGCAACAGAUCCUCAUAGGAGAGCAAACGGUUCCUCUCGUGCUCAAGAGGAAGAUGGUGAGCGUGUACAAACCUCCGGUGGAGCGCAGCCGAAGCGCUCCUAAACUCCACUCCAUCAUUGAAGAUCUGGUCGGGGAGGGAGAGGAGGAGAGGGUCAUGCUGUUUGAUGAGUUUCUAGACGACGACUGUUUCGAGGACAGCGAAGAGGGAUUGUGUGCCAUCAUCAAUGAACUGGGAGAGCUGUGCAUUGGAAAUGAUGUGAAGUCUUUGAAGUCUGAUGCUCAGGUGACUCGUCUGCUGUGUGGUGAGAGCACGAGCAGUGAGUCGUCCAUUGACGGUAAUAUUGACUUGAGCUCCGGAACAGAUUCUGAUGAGUUCACAGAUGAUAACCAUCCAGAAACGAAAAACAGCUGAAAAAACGUCAACGUCUAUUCUUUUACAUUCCAAUACUGUGGAUGUUGGCUGUUAUCUUCAUUGUACUUGAACUGGUCUGGAGUGUUUAGUUAAAUGUGUGAAGCAUUAGAUUGAUCUUGUAGGUGAUGUUUAAAUGCACUGUAAAAUAUAUCUUUGCUAUGCAAAUGUUUCAAAUCUGUGAAUAUUCUCUUUUCUGUGUAGAUGCUGUAUUACUUACAGUAAAUGUAAAUGUGUUGAGUGUUAUUUGUCAAUAAACACAAAGAAAGGUGACAUAUUCUUUUUUUCAUUAAAUAAUGGAAAAGUCUUGUUAAAAUAAGAUUUCUGGUUUAAUGGUAAAAUGUUGUUGCACUUUCAUUAGAACAGACUAAGAGGAAAGUGGAUUGGAUUUUUUUCUCUCUACUGUCUUGUGCAGUAAAGUACACUGCCAUCUAAUUUUAAAUGCAUUGUAAAAAACAAAACCAGUAUGAUGUACUUAAUGUUUUUGUGUUUUUUGACAAAACAAAACAAAUUAAGUAAAAUUUACUAAAAACUGUGUGAAAAUAAACGUCACAAAACAACUUAAGUGAAAUUUAGUUUUAAAGCUGUGUGACAAAAAACAUUACAGAACAAAUGAAGUAAAAUAUACUUUAAAAACUGUGUUUUUUUUACGAAACAAAUUAAGUAAAAACCAAAUUCACAAUGAUGACAGAUUAUGUAAAGUGUAUUUCUGCACUGUCCUCCGAAUGGAAAAUGCAUGAUGAUGAUCUGUAUUUACAUGUGAGGAAAUGCCAACACAGUUAAUAACGUGAGCCAAGAGAGGACUGACCACGCCAUGUGCCAUGUUUUCUAUGUGCAUAUUUGUUAUACUUCAGUAAUAGAAGAAAUGAAUAACAAUUGCCAAUAAUUGAGACAGUUUAUCGGUAGAACACAUUCAUAAAAUUAAAGUUAUUAGCCAUCCAUAAUGAUUUUUAGUAUAAACAUAUUUACAGGCUUGAUUUUGACCCUUUAUUCCUGGUUUUGUUCCUGUUAUUUAAAUGACGCUUCUGCACAGCAAUAAUUAAACAGUGUCACA